AAGCUCAAAAAGCUGUAGGCAGGGUCAGUGAGAAUGGCAGAUUUUUCUUCACUAAAGGUUGGUCUUUCAGGAGCUGUCAUUUUUAAAUCGGAAAAUAACAAAACUUUUCAAGAAGAGAUUGAAGGAACGUGGAAUGCUGUAAUCCGAAAGCGCCAGCCCUGUGCUUUCGUGAGAGUGGCCUCCGUGAAAGAUGUGGUCAACACUGUCAAGUUUUGUGUACACAACAAGGUAAGUCACGCAAUACAGAACUCUUAACUUCUGGGCACUGGAAACCUGCAAAUUCAGGUCGAACAAACCGGGAGAUUUCAGUAUAAUACCAGCAGACUGGCCUACACAAUUAUGAUAGAUAACUCCAUUUAGCAUUUUCCUGCCCUCAGGCAAAGAAAUAUGGAAAGGUAUCGACAAUUUGCUACAUUCUUGAUCACACAAUAGACCUAUUCGGUUAACUCAAUGUUGUACCCAAUUCAAACCCUUUGGGAAUAGAACGUUUUGUUUCAGGAAUUUCCAUAUCAUUUAAAUGUGAAUGCCACAUUAUAAUGCAAAUGCAAUACACAAAGAAUCUUAUCCCCGGGAGAUUUGAAUUGGGUACAACAUUGAGUUAGCCGAAUAGGUCUAUCAAACGAAACAUUUUAUCAUUUUAUAACUAAUCGACUCGCGAUUUUCUCUACCUUGCAAUUUUGUGCUUAAUGGUAAGAUUGUGCAGCAUUCGAAAACCGUGAGUAUUAAGGAAAAACGAUGCGAAUUCAGAGGUGAAUUUAUGCUUUUUUAAAAAUCCUACUGGGCUUUUAUUAUAAAAGGUAAAUGGUUUAAUUCCUUUGAAUUAUUCAUUGAAUAAAUGUUAUUCCCUGCUGAACUAAAAAAGGGGAUCUUGUGUCUCAUAGGGGUUGUCGACUUACAUAUCGGUCGAGUGUCGGUUAAUACUUUUGAAGGCAUCUCAGAAAGCACAUUUGACUGGGUGGGAGCACAUGAUUUGUGCAUAAAUGCAGUACAAAAGUGGCUUCCAAGACAUGGCUCCCAAUUUGAAUAAGUGUCACACUUGAUUUGCCGUGUCAAAAACAAUUUAGUAAUAAUGCCGGCAGAAUUUCGAGCAAAAUAAGCGAUUUUUGAGGCGAGUAUUCUGCAUUCUGCAUUCUGCUUUCUAAAUAAAAAACAAAUGGAAAAUACCUUGUGAUUAAUUUGAUUAUUUAAUAGCUACAGUGAAUACCUAAUUAGUUUUUAGGGGUUAGGCCUGGGUUCCCUUUCUAUAUUUGUGAAAAUAAAUACGGCCCAAAGGGCGGAAAAUUUUUUUGGAUACCGAGCAGAAUUCGAGCGGAAUAAGGGUGUCCGAGCAAAAUUUUGUGCAGAGUUAGCGAAGGGCCGAAAAUUUUUUUCGGACAUCAAGCAGAAUUCGAGCAGAAUAAGGGUGUCCGAGCAGAAUUUGAGCAGAAUAAGCGAGAAUUUAUCCAAGCCUAUUGCAUUUGCUUGCAAAACAAAAGAAGAAGUGGACAUGCAUCAACUAAAUCACCCAGGGCCUUAUUUCACGCACCCUUUCAAUUUUUAUGUUUCGUCACAGUCAGUGGCAGCUAAUGAAUAUGAAAAGGUUUCUUUAAGUUGAUGUUGUGUAUAAAAAGAGCUUGACUUUAAAAUCUUACCCAAAACAAAUGGGUUUAUUUAGUAAUCCCUAUUAUAACCGUGCAACUGUAAAUGAAUGCUAGUGUCUUAAUUCCUUUUCAGCUUGAGAUGUGUGUUUGUGCUGCAAAGAACAGUGACUUUGCAUUGGCCGAUAAUGCUGUGGUGAUAGAUCUGUCAGAUCUGAAUAUACCAGUCAUGAAUUACGAAUAGGUUUUCAGUGUAAGGGUUCGUGUAAGGGCCCUUACACCCUUACAGCAGUUUCAGAUUAUAAUGCAUGGUAUAAUGAGACGCUUAACUCUUUUUUUUUUAUCAACGCAACAACGAUCAAAACAAAAUGGUGAAUGGAACCCCUUUGUAGGGGGAACCCAGGCUUUUUCAAGGCUCUUGCCUGUUGUCAUGGCAACAGCAUUUUUUUACAGCCCUUACACCCUUACAGCCCUUACAGCCCUUACAGCCCUUACAGCCCUUACACCCUUACAGCCCUUACAGCCCUUACAGCCCUUACAGCCCUUACAGCCCUUACAGCCCUUACAGCCCUUACACCCUUACAGCCCUUGCAGCCCUUACACCCUUACACCCUUACAGCCCUUACGCCCUUACAGCCCUUACACCCUUACAGCCCUUACAGCCCUUACGCCCUUACAGCCCUUGCAGCCCUUACAGCCCUUACAGCCGUUACAGCCGUUACAGCCUUACAGCCCUAACACCCUUACAGCCCUUACACCCUUACAGCCCUUACAGCCCUUACGCCCUUACAGCCCUUACGCCCUUACAGCCCUUACACCCUUACAGCCCUUACAGCCCUUACGCCCUUACAGCCCUUACACCCUUACAGCCCUUACAGCCCUUACGCCCUUACAGCCCUUACACCCUUACAGCCCUUACAGCCGUUACAGCCGUUACAGCCUUACAGCCCUAACACCCUUACAGCCCUUACACCCUUACAGCCCUUACAGCCCUUACAGCCUAGCAUACCUUACAGCCCAGCAAACCUUAUAUCCUUUCAGACUGUUGAGAUAGGACGGUGGUUGUGAAAGAUGUUAGCACUGAAAAAUUGCGUUGCAAUGUUGGAGAAUGUUGUAACAAUUCGAAAUAAUGUCGCAGCAAUAUUGCAAUGCUGCGUUGUGCUAAAAAUCGUCGUUGCGAAUCGGCUCGUGUAACAUCACCUUAAGGUCUUAAGUAUAGCCCCGUUUCGUGUUUCUAUGGCGAGUUUGUGGUUGCUUAUAAAAAUCGCAAUUUUUUGUUAACCUUAUUCUUUGGCGGCUCAUUUUGUUAUUAUGGUCAGCAUCUCUUCUAAGUAUGUCGUUAUUCAUUUCACUCAUCCAUAGUUGUAAUUCUAUAUCCUUAAUUAAACCUUUGCCUUGUUAUGCCUACGAUUAAUGUUGAGUCUAAUGUGCUUUUAUCCAAACUUCUCCUAGUCGUAUAUAUCAGAUCUGUCUUAAUGUGCUUCUGAUUUUUUUUGCUCCAGAAAGCUUUAUUUUCAUUCCAUUUUAUAUCAUCGUUUGUUAUUUGCGAUAAUUUAUUUUCUUUCUUUAUCAGAGAUAGCCAGAACUUUAACUUCCUACACUGCGCGUCAAUUUUCAUUAGGAACCUUCUCGUCUCCACCCUGCACACAUUAUUACAGUAUGUAUUUACACCCGGUAGCCAUUUUAAGAAUUUGUUCUGUACUAGUUUUGCGGGAUCCUUAUCUAUUUUUCCGUCGCAGUCAAUGCCCCAUAUUUCGCUUCCAUAGAAAAGUUUCGGGGAUACAAGUGUGUCAACUUAUAACUUUAUCGUUAAUUUACAUUUGUAAUAUAGUUUUCUGUAUAGUGGUCUCCCAUCUCUUUUCGCAACUUAUACAGAGCAUUGAUUGCAAUUUUUUCCUGCUCCUGGCUAGCGAGAUUAAAAUUUCCGUAUUGGCUCAAUAUUUGUCCGAGGUAUUUGUAUGAUUUGAAGUUUUCUAAUUUAUUUGCGCCAUAUGUUAAUAUGAAUAGCUGUUUAAGAAUUUGAGUGCUACAGUUAUUAAAAAUGCGAUAACUUUUGUUUUAUCCAAGUUGGCAUCUAAAUCAGCAAAGUCACAGAAUGAUUCCAGUUUACUCAAAAUUUUUGCCGGACUUUGCUGAUCUAGAAAACAUUUCAUUGUGGGUCGUCAUCCAGAAUGUAAGAGCAAGAGAGAAUAGAUCAUUUUCUCUUGGUAAGAGGUAAUUUAUAGAUUUUUCUCCUUGAGUUAUGUCCUCUGAACUCGCAGUAGAACUCAGCAGUUUGGGUAGAUCACUUAGAUAAAAGCAAAAGAGGAUAAAGAGGACAGAGAAGGCAUCCCCAUACAUACCCUAUUCCAUAGGUAAUUCGUCUCGACUUAUUUUUAAGACCACAGAUCCCACGGGGGAUUAGACAACAGCCAAUCACAUGGCGCGAAUGUGCUCCGCAUGGAUACCCACGCUCAGAGCCACGCGUCCUUCACGAAUUGACGCAGAACAAAAUGGCGGAAGACGCGGAGAGCGAUAUUGCUAUUUGUUUUGUCGACGAAAACGACUACAGAGAGAUUUCUGCUAAAGCUGUGUCAGCGAAACAGAAAUUAAAAAAGAAUCGCCCUUCCUCUCCUGUAUAGAGCUAACAGUACAGCAGGGAAAUCUUUAACACACUGAAUAUUCUCUCAGGAUCAUUUAUAAUUUACAGUUUGAAAACAACAAUUUCUGGUUGGAUAUUUAUUCUUUUAUGAGUCUUUAUUAUUCAACAAAAAUAACACUUGGCCUCCCUACUUGCUUUAUUGCACAAACGACCGGUUUUAAUAGACCGGCGAAAUUUCUCAUUUUAUUAAUUAAAAGCGCUGAGGUUACGACAACUUAGAGUUAAACUGACUUCACGGGUUGUCAAAGAGUCUAGCGAUUCCCUUUUCCCAGGUGAGCGCCGACUCAUUUCGCUUCAAUAUUCACAAAUGCUCUCGAUCUCUUUACGCUUUCAUAUUGCCUUUCGCCCGACAUGUUUUGCACGGCGUUUAGUCAUGCGAAACCUCCACGAAACAUCCACGCAGCGCGCGAGGUAACUUUACCCCGAUUCUAAAAAUAACUCGAGACGAAUUACCUAUGGAAUAGUGUGUGUAUGGGGAUGCCUUCUCUGUCCCCUUUAUCCUCUCUUGAUAAAAGUUAAAGAUAAUGGGUGAUAACAUGCGACCUUCCUUUACCCCGGAGUGGUAAGAAAAGAAUUGUCAAUUUUGACUGCCAAUUUAUCGUUCGAGUAUAGAAAUCAAUACUUCUAAGAAACGCCCUUAUACGUUUUUAAACUAAAAGAUGCAAUCAACUGUGCCAUGCAUUUGUCAGAAGCCGCCUUGUUCUGCUUUUAAAAUUCCUUUUUCGAUCAUGUAGGAGUACAAUCUGUUAUUAACGAGUAUCCUGAUAGUUUUCUAGUUUAGAUUGAUCAUGUUUUUUGUACUGGGUACAGUGAGGCCAAAACUCGAUCCAGCGAAUAGGGUUUUUGCCAGCAUUGAAGAUGCCAUUGAAUAUCCCGUGCGAAUUUGAUGUCAAGUCUAAGAAGCCUGAAUAAAUUACUAAAUACAAGGGCUUUAAGUGCAGCUGAAAAAUGGAUGGUUAGAAGGUACUGGAGUUGUUGGCUUUAUUUCUCCCCCAUACUGGAACCCUGCGACGCUGAAAACUCUUGAGAGUUUUUCUUAGAUGUUAUAUUUUUUUUUUUUUUUAAGAUAGGUUUCGAAAAGAGAGGGACAAAUACAAAGUAAGUGUGAUGAAUAGAAGCUCUUUAAUCUUGCCCCGCAUUUAGCAUAAAGUUGUUCUUCUUGUAUUGCGAACUGUAUAUUCACUGGUGGGUUUCUCAUUACUCAGUUUCUUGGAACUGAAGCUUUGGGCAAGAUACUCUUUCAGAUUGGAGAUAGUCCGUGGGCAGUUUUUCUCUAUUUGUGAGUCAGCUUUCACAAAUGUGUUAGCUAGCGUUGCAUUUUCAGGCUAAAUUUGACCAGCUAUUUGUGCGGCAAGUUCUACGGUCACGAUUGACUUCAAACUUGCAGAUAUAUAUAACUGACAAAAGAGCUCUGAAGCUUAUUUGCUGAAGUUAAAGAAAAAUCUGUCUUAGGGUUUGGAAGUUAUUUUCAUUUUUUGUAAAAAUGCGGUUUUAAACAUAUAUCUCAAAGGCUAUACCUACAGGAAAAUAGAUCACAUUUUCUUAAAGUUUAACUAUUCUUUAUUAAGGAAGCCAGAAAUCAUAGAAAUCGGUUCAGCCGUUACUGCCGAAAAACGCGAUUCAAAAACGUAACCAACACGCAUAUAAACUAAGGUUCAGGCCACCCUAAAAAGUUCUCGAAGUGUGAUGCCGACGAGUGUCGCGAGAGACCCCGGAAACCGCUAUUUCUCUUUCAUCAUGGCUUGAUCUUUGAAAUUAAAUUAUUAAUGAAAAAAUAAACAAAUAACUUCAGAAACAAAUGUAUGCACCUUGAACGUUGAGACCUAAAUAAUCUUUUAAAGUUCAGCUAACUCUAUCUUUGUUAGCUCUCUUCUCUCACCCCUCUUCGAAAGGCUUGAAUCUAGGCGGAGAAGCCGAGCUGGCUCUUCCAACUAGUUUCAAAGUUUUGUCUGUAUUCUUGUUAUCGGAGUCAGUUGAACCGGAAGAUAUCUAAGGCAGUGGACAUCGCUGUAGCAAACAAAAAAAUCAUGGAUAUCGCAAAAUUUAACAUACUGAGGUACCAGCCGGCCAAAUACAAUACAUCAGCGUAGUUUCUCUUGUACAUUCUCUGGGACAUAAGCACAAACCUUACUACAAAAUAACUUCGGAAACUGUAACGAUAGAAACUACAGAUCUUUUCUCCUUUAUAGGCGAUAGACUACAAGUUGGAACCGACAUCGAUUUUUAAUCUUAUAUACCUCCCUUAUAAAAGUAUUUAUUUAUUAUUUUCUCCCGUCCCCCAUUCGCCGUCCGCCGUCAGUCUUUUUACAGAAUCAUGCAUUUUUGGUGGCGACCCUACAGCAUGAAAUGAUGGAAUGCCCAUAACACGGAAUGGCGGAAAGGUGGAAAAUGGCCCCAAAUGCUAAAAAGACGAAAUGUCUCCUUAAUUUUGAAAACUAAAAUAAAAAUGACAAACAACAUAGAAUUUAAAAAAUAAUAAUAAUGGGAUACAUAAAACCUAGCUUAUGAAAUAGAUGUGUAGUAACUUUCCAUGGAAUCGCUAAAAAUCGCAGAAGGCGGAACACCUAAAAAUAUCAGUGUUUCACCUUGUUUGAAGGGUGGUCGCCACUUGCAGUAAAAAGGCGAAAAAAAAACAAAGACUGAACUGUUUAAAGUUUGGUAUUGACUGAACGUUUUGGAAUUUUACUAAAAAAAAAAAUCCAAAUGUUUGAAAAUUACGAGAUAUGAACUUGCCAGAAUAAUUUUGUUGGUCUGAUGCCCAUUUGAAGGGAAAAAACUCGUCUACCCGGAGUAGUCAAUCGAUAAAAAUCGGUAUCGAUAAAAAUCGAUAGCAAUCAAGCGAUUUUUAUCUAUUGAUAACGGAAAUCGGUGAAAAUCGAUAAACCAAAUUGCUGUGUCAAAUCGAUAUUAUCGAUUUUUCACGAUUUUAACGAUUUAUAACGGUAAGUCCGACAUUGUUGUUUUGUUUUUAUUGGCAUCAGUUAAAUAGUACAGCUGAGAAAACACAUCCACGAGUAACAACUGAUCAACAAACAUGAAAAGAAGAAAUGUGGAAACUAUUACAGACACAAGAUUCUCUCUAAAAACCGCGACCCUUUUGUACAUAAUAACAGAAACGGUUCAGUUUUAUUACAUUCAUAGUUCUCGCAGGCAAGUACCACGAGAAAUACAACUAUAGACAAAUGAUUUCCCAGCCAGAAUUUCGCGCAGACAUCCUCUAGAGUCGAAGAGAUGCCCAAAAUUCAGACUAAAAGAUUUCUCUGGAUAGCUUUUCACCGUUUUCCGUUAACAAUCGAUAAAAUCACUUGAUCGCUAACGAAUUUUAUCGAUUUCGAUUUUUAUCUAUUGGCUUCGCCUGGAAGUAACUACACGUUAUUUUGAAAGAGCGGCAAAUCUUAAUCGUGAAAAACUGGAAAAUGAAAAACCUGGCCAAUGUUGGCCAUCCGAAGAAGACUUUAAAGCGGGUUUUUAAUAAAAGAGAUAAGGUUUUUUAAACUUUUCUUUAAAAAGUGAUAGUAAAUUGUUUAAUCCUUCGACUCUCAAUAUGAAAUCAGUUUUCAUCUUUGGAUGAACAGAAGAACAGAUGUAUCUUCCGAUAAAAAUCGAUGGAAUCGGUAAAAUCUAGAUAAAUCGAUAAACGAAGCGAGUGUGUCAUCGACUUCCACCGAUUGAUCGAUACAAUCGGUAUCAAUCAAAUCAGAUUUACCGAUUUUUAUCGAUUUAUCGAUUGAUAAAUGGAUACCAAUUUUUAUCGAUCAAGUACUCCAGGCUAUUUAAACAAUUGAAACAUAUUUACCUCUAGACUACGAGUUGUCCCCCAUUUUUUUACUUCAAGUUCAAAUAAAUGUGACUAUUUCACCACUUUUAUGAUUGCUAACGCAAAUUGAAAUUUGAGACAUUUGUCCAGAUCCGAGACCAGAUGUUAAAGAGGUCAACAGACCCCCUUCAGUUUCGUCUGGAAAAAACAGACCUUCACGACUAUCACGUACGUUGUCGGAUUUCAAUACAGUUACACAGGGACUAACCUGACAUCAGGCGUUAUCUAUUUAUUUUUUUUUCUGCUUCUCUGCUUCAGAACAGAUUACAGAGAUAAAGGGAGGGGGGCAUGAUCACAGACUACAUAGGGACCUAAAUAUUGAACUUUUAAAAAGGAAAAUGUUGGAUUUUUUUACAAAAAAAAAAACAUACAAAAAAAAAACGGAGUUAGGAAAAGGCAGUCACUAGACAUGUUGUGUGACAGAAAGCAACUUACUCCCCCGGGGUGGGUACUCCUGGGAAUCCUUGGUGGGGGCCAAAAAUGUCAUUUUCCACACCCGUUUUUAGACCAGACCUCUAAAAUCCACACCUGUUUUCAGACCUGGCCUGUAGGCAGAAAUUAUGUCAUCAUUACUUAGACUAGAGCGCAAACAAAAAAAUUAUUCAAAUCCAUUUAGAAUUCGCAUAUUUCUCCGUCUUUCUUUCACAUUUGGAAUUGAAACGAUAAAUACGUUCAUACACUCCCGUAGCUCCCUCGAAAACCAUACCCGAUCCCAGACAAAAAUAAGCAAAAUCUGUAACCGUUUUCAGAUCAAAAGGCGCAAAAACCCUACCCGAAGGGGGGGCACAUACCUAUAAAUAUAUAGCUUAUAUAAGGGAGUUCCCACUCCCCGGGAUUACUCGCUUUAACGGAAAGAGACAGGAACUCAACACUCACAUGUUUAACCUGUUACAACGACAUUUACUUUUUUUACAGAUUUUUUUAUCGAACUUUAUAUAUACACCAGUACUUUAUAUUCCGUCUUUAAGGAUUUGGGGUUAUAUUCCACCAUUCCGCCAUUCCACCAUUCCAUGAUUCCAUUCUUACAUCGUUCAAUGUUGUUUUGGCGGAAUUUUAUCAUCAGCUCUAGGGGGAGCUGGCAGCGAGGUCUGGAACCAAGUUUACAUGAUCGCUCCAGUUAAGAAAUUCGGCCUAGUGAGACUGAGUACAAAUUUUCCUUGAAAACAAAUAUGGCGGAGAAUGCAGAAAGGACGAUGAGUUUUUGCUCGGUUUUAAGUUUUCCCGCGUACAAAUAUCAAGACAAGGUUUCUAUGAACUUUUUUAAUGGACCUUUUGGACGUCAGAAGGCGUGAUCUAUGAACAGUUCAUGGGUGACUUCACUUAUCGUGAUUCGUGAUCUCGGCAAGUUCAGUUAUUAUUAUUAAAGCUUCGUGAAUUUUCGAGCGACCAUCUUGCUCCAUCUCUUAUAUUUUUCCCCUUAUAGUGGUAUUAAGACUCUCUUCCUUAUCUUAAACAUAUGCUACGAGCACGAUAUAUAGGUAUGAGUCUUGCAACAAUCCUACGUGAAUGUUCAUUAAACCACUGAUUUUCUACUUCACUGUUCAUAAGUUUGUUUGUACACCGGGAGGCACAACAAAUGUUUAUAGGCGUAAAUACAGAAUACAGGGCCAAUUUAAUAAAAACCAGGGUAAAUGUUCCAAUCACUUUGCUUCACAUGUAAGCUAUUUUUAAUAUCAGAAGGCUGGGAGGGGUUUAAUGAACCUUCAAAACCUUCACUGGAAUGUUAUUGGAGUGAUAAUCAAUAACUUUCCAAAAGCAAUACUGUAUUUAGUAGUUUUGUAUUAGAUAGUGACUUCGGUUUCAAGUAUUUCCUUGAAAUUGUUGGUACAAAAAUUACCCUUUAGUUAUGAAUUAUACUUGAAAUGAUUAUAGUGGUUUAAUGUAAGAACAAGAGGCUAAUUCAGUUGCUAGUAAGGGUGAGUACAUCAGGAAAGAGUAUGUGUUGAGAAAAUCCCUCAAAGGACCGAAGUACAAGAAACAGAAAAAAAAAACUGAAUGUUUUGCAAAGUUUAUAAGGAGAAUCAGAAGAGGCUUGAAAAAAUAUACAACUUAAGUUUAUUGUUUGUGUAAGUUAUGAAUCUGAUUUACAACUAAAUUAUACAAGGUAAAAUUGAUUUUUUAUCAACCACCAAAAGAAGUUAUUGUCGGGCUUGAACCCAAUCCUCUCAGCAGUUCUUUCUACGAUACUAGCCUUGGCUUAUUUGGCCUUGAUGGGUAUGUGCUGCUGAUUUAGGGUGGUGACCAUUUCACCCUUUAGAGUUUUGAACAAGGUGUCUGUUUGGGUUGUGAAGGUUGAAGAAGAACUCACUGUGGUCUAUAGAGUACAGUAUAUUGGUACCACCAUUUUCCCCCCAAGUUUUGCCAUGUUUCAAAGUUUAAAAGCUACCUUACUUCUGUAUGCUAAUUAAAAAGGAAAUGAAUCAGGAUUAUAAAAUAAGGUCUCUUGGCUUAAAAAGGGUAGGGAAAUGCACAAUGUGUCCUACUACCCAUACUCUCUUUCAGUGUAAGCCCAGGAGGUGAUCUCAUAUUUAAUUCCCUUUUACCGCUUGCUGUAACAGCAACGUCAGUGAAGGUUUAUGGUCUCUGAAAAUAUUUUUGCCAGCCCCAAAACAAGUUUCUAACUGCUAUUGUUGACUGCAAAUAAUAUUAUCUUAAUAAUCAUUUUACAUUUUUUUUCCAAGGCAUCCUAUGGUGUUUUCAAUAUCCACUAGUACAAGGCAAUUUUUAAGUUGAGAGGGUUUACUUUGAUUUCAUUAACAGUAAACUACAUUUUAACACAGACACAAACUAACCUGGCAGGUUGAUGUCCAAAGGUGUAAACCAUUACAUGCAACUAUAUGGCAAAAACUGAUCACAGUGGCCAAAGGAAAAGCAAAAAUAGAAAUGUCAUCAUUUUUUUAAUUUUAUAAAUUCCCUGCCUUUGAAGCAUAUUUAGCCAGAUGUAGUCCUUGUCAAAACAUGCAAACUUGAGCAUUUAUUUUCUGACCUUAGCUAAUCUUUUUUAAACCAUACUCUUGUUCCAGUGGGUAGUGUAGUUUUUGGAAUAAAAUAUUUAUAAUUUCUCCUCUUUGUUUGCAACAAAACAAAACACAAUUGAAUGAGGACUCAAACUGAAGGCAGUGUAGUAACUGCUGUCACGAAAAGAGAAUUCCAAACACACGAAACAAUUACCCUUUCAUUUGCCUAUAUUCAUUUCUUAGAAACUAUGGUAAAGUUUAAAUUAAAUCACACGAAGAUAAGAACAUAAGCAUAUCAAGAGUGAAUGAUCUCUUGGCAAAAUUUAUUUAGCUUCUAGUACAUAACAAAAUGCAUGAACUACGAGAUUUGACCAUGACUCUCAAUCAUCCAACGCAACUCUGCCAGGAUAAGUUCACAAUCAAGGAUGAGGAAUUAAGAAUCUCAAACAUCAUUUCUUAAAGGUGUAAUAAAACCGUAAACAACUCUGACAACUCUUCUACUUGACCACGGCCACCGCGCUUUUUUUAAUAUCACGAAGGAUUAAUUUUCGGCCUUUCACUUGAAAAUAUAAACUCUCCUACAUACGCAUUGGAGGGUUGGCCCCUUGUUCUAGUCUUGUGGGUCUUCUAAACAGAAACACAUGCAGCUUGAAAGCCUGUAGUGAGCCAAAAGGUCGGGCAUCGAGGAACAUGUACAAUGACCGUUCACUAGUCUCGUUCUUAGCGUAGUAAACCGCAUGUAAUGACAAACGCAAGACCAGAAGAAAGGAAAACGUAAGCACAUUGCUGCCAAAAAAAUCGGUUACAGCAAAGAAAGCAGUGACCAACAGGACCAAAAACAAAUUCACUUCGCACUGUCGAAUCGCUGCGAAGACGAACUUCUUGAUGUUGUUGUUGUUGUUCCUAACCCGGUUCGCGCAUGCUUGCUACAGUUCUCGAAUGAUUGACAGAUUUCUUAACUGGGGCGAUCAUGGAAAGUAGAAACGCGGCAGGAUCAGAGGCCGUUGCCAGCCCCCCCUGAUCAACUCUAACUCUCUCCGAAUACUUGGGCCCAGGCUCCUUUUAUGGGUGAGCGUCACCUUGUAAGGUUGUAAGGGCCCUUACACGAGCCCUUACACUGAAAACCUAUUCGUAAUUCGUGACUCAUUUGGAUCUGAAUACUGUUACCGUGGACACACAACGUAAAGUACGUUCAAAAUGAUUUUUCCUUUCACUUAAAAAAUUCAAAACUGCUACAAAAAUCUUUAAUCAGGUCACGUUAUGGCUUCUAUUGACAGUGACUCUAUACAGCCUGUAAAAGCAAGUGGUUUUUUGUUUCAAUCUGUCUUUUAUUAUUUAUUAUCCUUACAUCCAUCUAUUGCUGUCUUGUAUUUAAAAUUUUUUUUUUAGUCAGUCUUUAUUGUUAGUCCAUUAACAAAUAAUAGACUAACUGGAAGGUUACCGGUAACUACUGGCUUCCCUUUUGUGCUAUUUUUCUACUUCACACAGUAGAAAACAGGUCUCUGUUUUGCAUAAGCAAUUACAUUAAAAGCUCAGCAGAGUCUCGCGCGCACAGUCAUUGAAAUGGUGAGUUCAAACCAUUUACAAUAAUUAUUUUGUUAUUGUCUAUAAUUUUACUUAAUGCAUCUAACACAUUUAUUUGCCUUUUUCCUCAGUUGAACUGUAUGACAUACUGGUAUAGUCUGAUAUUUAACUGUUAAAAACAUAAUUUGUUUCAGGUAGUUGUUGUUGGAGCAGGUGCCAGGCUAGCCGAUGUUGAUUCAAAAACAGUUGCUAGCUGCCUUGUUACACCUCUUGGUAGCUACUCCCAGCUGGGCGUGGCAGGAUUUACUCUUUUGGGUGGGACUGGGUUCCUAAGCAGGUCUUAUGGAUGUGCUGCUGAUAAUGCUGUGGAGUUUGGUAAACCAGCAGUUUCUAAAUUUGAUUUUUGAUGAAAAUACCUUUAAUAAAUACAAGUUUAAAAUUUUCUUCGAGAAAUUUGUUUUAUUUUAUGUUGAUGGGUACACUUUUCCUAGUAAAUAUGAUGUAUUUUCUGUUCAUAAUUCCUUUCCCACUUAUAAGCUGGCUGAAGAAGGGCAGAGCUGGCAAGGGAUGCAAUGUAAAAAAAAACUCCUAACAAUAGCUUAAUAGUGAUUCAGGGGAGACAGGGGAAGGUGGAAGAGUUCAACUUAACCGCUAUAUAAAGAAAAGAUGCAACCAGUAUUAAAGUCUUGCAUGUCUGUUACAAAAUGUAGAGAAUAAUCCAAGUAAAGAAUGUUUGACGCUUAUUUUCUACAGAAAUAAAUGUCAGCAGCUAGUUUUUUGAUUAUUUCCUUACUUUACAAAUUCUUAGAGUUGGUUACAGCAUCAGGAGACGUUAUCAAGGCAAAUAAGAAGGAAAAUGCAGACCUGUUCUGGGGAAUGAAAGGCUGUGGCUCUAACUUUGGGUAGGUUUUGAAUAAUGCACUCGUAGAAAAUGAUGUGAAGUGCACAUUUAUGUUAUCUGCAAGUACAUUGGAACUUCCAAACAACUGCUACCAGCUCUUUGUACACUGGUAUUUAAGCCUCAUGUAAUGGCCCCUCUACAAGGAAGUAUGCCAGUAUUUACUGUCAGUGAACAGGAAAAGCCCUGUUGAAGGGAGUCUCAAUAAGGUAUGUAUGUAUGUAAAUACACUAUUAAUACACUUCAUAGUGUUUGGUCCUUAAAGAUCAUUAAACAUGUAAAGUGAUGAUAAGUUUAAAGCAUGGGAAAACCAGCUUCUCUCUUACCUGUACAUAACGAUAGUUCUUGUGGUAGUGCUAUAUCAUGACUCAGGUUUACAAAUAACAUACCUUUUUAAACAUAAUUCUUUUUUUAAUAACGGGGGAGUUCAGGUGUCAUAGCAUGUAGUCAGAACAUUGGGCUCACAAUGCGAUUUUCUUGGUUCAAUUCGUAUCAGCCGAAGCUCUUAACCUCCUGGCCAUGACUGUACUGAAAUGGCCAAGAUUAUUUGCCUGCUGCCACUUGGUACUUCUUUCCUUCUGUUCCUUAACUUACAACAGAUGAUAUCAAAAACUGGGAAAACUAGAGACCUCACUCAUUCCCCUGUGACAUGAACUUGAGUACAAAUACUAAACGAUGUUUCUACCCAUUAGAGUGUUGACAUCCAUAACAUUCCAGCUUCACGAUAUUCCUGACCAAGUCACUGGUGGAUCGCUGUAUUACUCCAUUUCUCAAGCUCCAGGGGUAUUCAAAGAUAUAAGAGACUUUAUUCGUGAAAAGGCAGACAACAGGAUUUCAGUCUAUUUGAUAGUGCAUUUUGAAACUAGUGGGUAAGGGCCUAAUUUUAUUUUAUACCCCGCUGCAGUACACUAUACAUUUAUUAUCUCAUUAACUUCCUAGAGUCUCUAAAAUCAAAUUUAAUUGGUCACACCUUGUUUAGGGUUUCAUCAACAGAAUUUGAAAAGGGUUUAUAUUUAAGCUUAAUAGGGUGUUCUAUUGUAGAGGUUUCAUUUGAAUGGUAACACAACUCAAGGGUGUUUCAUUCACGUCUACUAAGAGAUACCCCUUAUACGGUAUAAAUUAUAGUACUACCGAUGCGACAGUACUGCUGAAUAAGGUGUCAUUUGAAUAAUGACUUCAAGAUACAGACUCAAACGCUAGAAACACUUCUUACGCCCUUCUUACGUCUUUUUACUGUGGAAGCCGAGGCGAGGUUGAACACUGCUAACUCAUUCAACUAGAUGAAUUGCGCCAUGUGAAAAUGCUACUGUAAAGAGUAUUUCAUUUGAAAAUUCACACCAUAGGAUUUCAUCCAUGAACACAAAAAUGUCAAUAGAACCACCUCUUUUGUCGUCAUAGUUCAUAUUUGACUCUGGAAGUUAAAAUGACUUGCUGUUUCUCCGUUUUUUGUACGUGUUCCAUUUUAGUACCUCUUUUGUUAUUGUUUCUAGACCUCAAGCAAUCUGUCGUUUUCUUUUUAACGGCCCAACGAAAGAAGGAAACGAGCUGUUAUUAGAGUUGACUAAUCGAACAAAACCUGUUGAUAACAAAGUCAAGGCUCUACCUUUUGAUCAGUUCCAGACAACUGGUGAUUGGUUGGUUCCUAGAGGAUGGCUUUACUAUUCAGCAAAGGGGUCAUGGGUAAAAGGUCUGAAUGCGUUAUUUGGUUGUGUUUAUUUAUAUUUAUUAUUUAGCAUCGUUUACAUCAUUCAGCAUCUCAGUAAAGCUUCAAAAUAUUUACUAAGAAUUCAUUUUAAGAAGUACGUACUCUUAACCACAGGUUGACCAAUUAGCUGGUUUUCAAGAAAAUUCUGUCACUAGCUUGAAAUUCAUCCGAUUACUUCGAGUCGUUUUCUCCUCUCGACAACGGUUACUGAGGGAGUAAUAACGACUCCAAGUAGUCGGAUGAAAUUCAGGCUAAUUCUGUCACCUGUUAACAUGCAGAGCAGCAACGACGGCGACGGCUACAUACGAAAACGUCACUUUUGAAAUUUAAAAAGUGAAUUUGCGCUGCCUCAAACUUUAUCGCGCUUAUUCCAUCUCGUUCAAUUCGUCAAAUGUUGUCCAAUUGUUUGGAGGUGAAUUCUAAAGGACUGCGUAUCCAAGUUCCAGAAAAGAAAAAGAAAGUUGUUGUCUUGUGUUGCCGUCCUCGACAUGUACAAAACGUGAAAUGAAUGAAAUUAGGCACUUUCACGUUAUAGUCGUGCGACGACGGCCAAGAAAUGUACAAAUUAAAAAGCGUGAUGCACGUGCAAAGUUGUUGCCUUACUAAUGUAAACCUUUUGCUUUUUUGCCGUUCUCGUUGCAGUCGCCGUCGUCGUUGCUGCGAGCCGUGUGGGCGACUUUGUAACGUGGAAAUCACCCUUCUCUCCAGUGAAAAUAAAUGAGGAGUCAUUAAAAUCGCUUAGAAGGAAAAGAAACUGGAGAAAGAAGUAUAAUUGACCAGGAUCGCUAACCGGGAAACUUAGGCAAAUCACCGUAGUCAAAUCUUUAUAUAAAAUGCCGGUACAUGAUGUCUAUACUAAAUAAAAGAUACGCACCAAAGUCAAUGGAUAUCCAUUUCUGAAGCCCACAAGAUCAAGAUUCGGAGCUUGCUGAUGCAGAAUUUCUCUGAGAGAGGUCUUAGCCUUCCUUAAUAGCCUGGAAUCAAUCCUGCUAGGCCUCUUUGCGGAAAAUAAACGUAAUUCUCUUACAACGAGGUUUAGAUAAAUCUGUCGAAAUUUGCAUCGCGUGUGUAUCUCCGGUCCGCCAUCGUGUCACUCGUGUGAUCUCGGUUUGGCUAUUCAUAUUUUUAUAUAUAUCUUGCUGGUGUCUUUCCUACCAGAGAGGAGACUCCGAAAUUCUACGGGCUCCCGAAGAUCUAUAAGAAAGAUUAUCUACUAAUAAUAAGGCCCAUAGUGCAAAACAUCGGCAGCACACCCGCCUAGGCUAGGCACUAGGCGGAUAGGCUAAGUCCCCAGGUCGGGAACACCGCAUCACCAUGUGAAGAACAGGGCAGAUUUUUCUUCCAAUAUUCGGCAUCUCACAGUCACACUGAGCCAGAAACAGGUUUCUUAUUACGUUUAUGCCCUUUUCACCAGCACCCCGGAUACCGAGGAGAUCAUUUGUAUGAAGCGCAAAUUAGAAAGUGUGGACAGCUGAAAGGACAAACCAUGUUCACGCUGGAACAGCGAUUAUCAGGCUGUUGGAGUUUGUACUAUCUGCCACCUACUUUGUUUAUAGAGCAACGUUCUAUAGGCAGAUUCAGGGGUGCGCGAUAGGAUCACCAGUAUCCCCCAUAGUUGCCAACCUGUACAUGGAGCAGUUUGAAAGAGAAGAGUUGUCCAAAUUCCUCAGACCACCGGAAAUCUGGUUAAGGUACGUGGAUGACACGACAACUUCACUAAGUUACGCGAAUAUAAUCUGACAUAUAGACGUUUUAGGAGCGUUUAAACUCCAUGGUCCUCGGCACAUUCAGUUCACCGGGGAAACGGAAACGGAAAGCUACCCUUUCUAGACACUUGCAUUCUCAUCGUGAGGAUGGUUCAACGAAGGUCACCAUUUACAGAAAGCCUACUCACACCGAUUAAAAUCUGAAUUUUAAUCCCGAUUACUAUCUGAAAUACAAACUAUCGGUGGUGAGAACUCUCUUUCUUCGAGCCGCGACGAUCAUCACGGACGACUAGGACAAGGAAAUUGAAUUGAAACAUCUUAAAUCAGUCCUUCAGGACAACAGCUACAAACCGUGGAUGUUUAGCUUCCCGCCAAAGACAGCCAACACCUCAGGUACAAAAAGCGAAGUCGUCUCCACUCGUGCUCACAGUUUCUCACUUUCCCACCUGCAAGGGGUUUUCAGAAAACUGGCUCACAAACGUUUUCAAAAAGCAAGGAGUUGGCACAUCCCACAAGCCUUUCAAGACCAUCAGGCAACAUUUGGUCCACCCCAAAGAUCCGACACACAAGGAAAGGAAAUGUGGGGUGGUGUACGAAAUUCAGUGUGAGGGCUGUGAUGAUUUCUUAGCUAGACCUUUUGGAGUGUGGGGUUCAAGGAACACGUUGCAAUAAAAAAAGCGUUAACAAGGGCGGUGAGGGAUCAUCUAAAGCGGUCAGGCCACAUCUCGAAUAUGUCCUCUUCUUCGAUCCUGGAGAGAAAGAAGGACAUGUUCAAGACUGAAGAGUUAGGGAGGUCAUCGAAAUAUUUUGUCGGGUUCCAACAUUGAACAGGGACGCUGGUUACGAGAUCCCUCGAUCUAUCGGGACGUUUUGACACGUGGUUCACAGUAGAAAUCACAUGACAAAACGCCCAAAUCCAUCACUUAAUAAAGAUUCCGCCAUGGUCGAAUCGAAAGGUUGUGUUUUAAAAAGUUUUUCCUAUCCUGUAAAUUGAAUCAUCGCUUAUUAUAAUAUUAUAGUAUUUUUGACCUGUCACUAAUAAGGUUUCUGAUUGUCCUGGAACAGAUCUAACUGAUGACGUACUUGAUAUCGUCUUUGACGCAGUCAACAAGGCACCUGAAUCAAGAACAAUGGCAUGUGGCUUUAUUUACAUGCCAAGCCUUGGAGGAAAAUUAAGAGAAAUGACAGACGAGGACAACGCAUUUCCUUUUAAAGCAGCAGAGUAUGUGAGCUUAUUCCAAAUUUCACUAUGCAUAUCGUCUUCUAUUCUAUGUAUCACGGAUUUUGUGAUUUUAUUCACUCCCUUCUUUUGAACAGGUACCGAGUCGGCGCAGUGGUUGCCGCACAGGAUCGAGAUUCAUAUGACGUAGUUAAAGCAUGGGCCGACGGUCUCGAUCAGAAACUGUCCAAAUAUGGAAUCUUCCCACAAGGCCCCGAGGCUGAAAAAGUUCAAAAGAGACUGAAAGAGUUGAAAAUAAAAUAUGAUCCAGAAAAUGUCUUCCACCAGAACGUGCCGAAUAUUGAUCCUAAAAAGGAAUAG